AUGGUCCUGGCAAAGUCCAAGAACAAGGUGGGGUUGGGCAACUCGUUGAUGAACGACCGCUUCGGCAAGGGAAAGGGGCAAGACAAGAAGAGGGCCUCAGCCGUGACCAGGACAAACAAGGAGACGGGAGAGUCGUACUUGAUCAACGAGAAGCAGGAUGCGGCGUGGGUCAAGAUGCGCUCCGUGACGGAGCAGAGCGCCAUGGACGAGUUUCUGGCCACAGCCGAGCUGGCCGGUACCGACUUCACGGCCGAGAAGAUGAACAACGUCAAGAUCAUCCACACCGACCAGAGGAACCCAUUCCUCCUGUCCGCCCACGAGGAGAGGGCUGUUCUGGGAAAGCACCGCCAGCACAAAGGCCGCUUGACUGUGCCCCGCCGCCCCAAGUGGGAUGCCUCGACGACACCCGCCGAGCUCGACGCCCGCGAAAGGGAAAGCUUCCUCAACUGGCGCCGCGGUCUCGCUGAGCUCCAAGAGAACAACGACCUCCUCAUGACGCCCUUUGAGCGCAACCUCGAGGUCUGGAGGCAGCUGUGGCGUGUUAUCGAGCGCUCCGACCUCAUCGUCCAGAUCGUCGACGCCAGGAACCCCCUCCUCUUUCGCUCAGAGGAUCUCGAGCACUACGUCAAGGAUGUCAACCCCAAGAAGGAGAACCUUCUCCUCAUCAAUAAAGCCGACAUGCUGACCGAGAAGCAACGCACGGAGUGGGCCAAGCACCUUCGCGAAGCCAACAUCGCCUUCAAGUUCUUCUCCGCCCAGCUGGCCAAGGACGCCAACGAGGAGAGGGGAGACAGUGACUCGGAGGACGAGCAGCCAGUGGCUUCGUCAUCGAAGCAGCCCGAGGCCAAGACGGAGACGGAGAAGGAGUCGGGUGAGGCCAGCGAGGACAGUGACGAGGACGGCGGUGCGCAGACAAGCCUAGCCGAGGACGACACCAAGAUUCUCACUAUUGAGGAACUCGAGGCGAUAUUCCUGCGAUACGCACCGAUCGACACUGAGACCAAGCUCCAAGUCGGACUGAUCGGCUACCCCAACGUGGGUAAAUCGUCGACCAUCAACGCCCUGAUCGGCGCGAAGAAGGUGUCGGUCUCGUCCACGCCCGGAAAGACAAAGCACUUCCAGACGAUUCACCUCAGCGACAACGUGAUCCUGUGCGAUUGUCCUGGUCUGGUCUUCCCCAACUUCGCCACAACCAAGGCCGACCUGGUAUGCAACGGCAUCCUGCCCAUAGACCAGAUGCGCGAGUUUGCCGGACCCGUGGGGCUCGUGACGCACCGCAUCCCCAAGGGCUUCCUCGAGGCUGUCUACGGCAUCCGCAUCAAGACGCGUCCGGCCGAGGAGGGAGGCACGGGCAUCCCCACAUCCGAGGAGCUCCUGCGGGCGUACGCCUCGGCACGCGGCUUCCACACGCAGGGCCUCGGACAGCCGGACGAGUCCCGCGCCGCGCGCUACGUGCUGAAGGACUACGUCAACGGCAAGCUCCUGUACGUGCAGCCGCCGCCUGGGAUCGAGGACGGCGCAGACUUCAACCGCGACCUCUACGACGAGAUGCACCUCCCGGAGAAGCGUCGAGCCGGCUUCGUGGCCCCGUCCAUGGACGCCCUCUCCCUCGAGGGCCGCACCGGCGCCGCCGACGACGCCUCGGUCGCGGUGACGGACGACGCGGUGCCCCUGCCCGCCGCAGGCCCCAAAUCCCAGAGCAUAGACAAGGGUUUCUUCGGCCCGCGUAGCGUCGGCGGCCGCGUCGCCAUGCCCUUCAGCGACAAGUACACGGAGCAGGGGAAAGAAAGGAACCUGUCCGGACGCAAGGCGCGGACCCUCGUCGCCCUAGAGAACGGCAUCGACCCCAACGACGCCGCCGUCCUCUCUAGCAAGAAGCAUUUCAAGGGUGGAAGCAAGGCUAGAAAGACGAAGAAGAGGCCCGGCAACAUGGAUGACUAG